AUAAUCCGAGUGUGUGUGUGUGUGCGUGUGUGUGUGUGUCUGUGUGUGUGUGUCGUCUGUCAAACGCAGAGACGCGCUGGCCGCCUCACUCUCCCACUCUUGUAAUCGCCUCAACCAUGGCUUUCCUAUCACCACUUUAGCAGGAGCCGGCCCUUUCCUCACAAUCUAACAUCAGAUUCACAACAGCAAUGGCCACCGACCAGGCCUCGCUUAUGGCUCUUGAAGGGCUGAUGACUGAAUUCUUCGGCCUGGCCACUAGCAACAGUCGGAAACAUGACAUUGAGACCAUCCUGGGGAACUUUGGGCAGCAACGAGGGGCAUGGAAGCAGUGCCUCUAUUACCUCGCCCACACACACAACUCUUAUGUCUCCAUGUACUGUCUCACCACCCUUGAGAACAUCAUUAACAAGCAAUGGGUCGGACUCAUGCCAGAGGAGAGGACAGAGAUCCGGUCAACUCUGUACAGGUUUGUGCUGGAGAAUCACAAGGUGGCGCCGUACUACAUCCGCAACAAGUUGGUGAAGCUGGUGGUGGACAUUGCCCGCCUCUCCUGGCCACACUUCUACCCAGACUUUUUUACUAACGUCUUGUCUCUAUCCCGAAGUCCAGACACAGUGGUGCUGUGCAUUGUGUUUCUGCAGACCAUCAGUGAAGAGCUUGCAUGUCCCCGAGAGGAGCUGUCAUAUUCCCGCAGGACUGAGCUGAGGCGUCUUCUUUCCCAGCAGGUUCCCACCAUGCUCACUCUCCUUUCGGGUCUGCUAGAAGGUGUUGUGGAAAAACAUAAGAAUGCAGUGACAGCAACCCCUCCGCCCUCACCCACUCAUUCUCAUAGUCACUCACCCAGCCGGUCAGGUCUCUCCUCCUCUCCAAUACAGACAGGGAGCCUUCUCAGCAACAUGUUUCACUCCUUGGAGAGUGGUCCCACAGUGCGCAUGGGAUGGGUGCUGCCUCCCCUUGACCCUGAGAGUGAAACAAUAGCUUCCUUGGCCCUCAACUGUCUCACACAUCUGUUCUCCUGGAUCCCCCUCUCAUCUCUCAUCACCCCUCAUCUCCUCAACACCAUUUUCCUCUUUGCCUCACUAGGAGCUGACCCUCAGCACAACCGUCACCACAAUGGUCUGGUGGAGAAAAAUUGUGUGUCCGGAGAGUCCCUUGGCGUGCUGGCUAUGGGUGCCAUCAACGAAAUCAUGAGCAAGAACUGUGUCCCCCAUGACUUUGAAGACUUCCUGCUGCAGAUGUUCCGUAACACUUUCCACCUUCUGCAGCGGCUGGUGAGGGAGGAGCCCAACACAACCUCCCGUCUGCAGCUCCUCGAUCCCAGCUACAUUGACAAGUUCUCUGAGUUCCUGAGGUUGUUCGUCAGUGUUCAUUUGCGGAGGUUUGAGAACAACUCUCAGUUCCCAGUGCUGGAGUUCCUUGCAUUGUUGUUCCGUUACACGUUCCGCCAGCACUGUGUGGAGGCUUACUUCAAUUGCCUGGAUGUAUGGAGCAUUUUCUUGGACCACCUGUCGGCCAAGGCUCAAGGCUCACAGGAGCGUGCAGGAAUCACCAGAUACACAGAUGCCUUGAUAUCACUGGCAAGAGGAAUACUGCACAAAAUACAGCAUCGGCACAACCAAGCAGAGUUGGAGGAACUGGACCAUGAGAUACGGGAGGAGAUCUUGGAAAACAACAAUGCCUACUAUGGUGAGCUGGGUGAUGGGGAGGACGUGUCUGAGUGGCACUCAUUCUUCACCAGGAACCUGGAGCUGGUGGCCAAGAUUGCCGAGCUGCUGCCAGACGAGAUCUUCAGCUUGGUGUAUGAGCCUUGGAAUGAUGCCACAAAGAUCUACCUCAGCCUGCAGUCCAACAUGGUAGAGCAAGACGGGCGGCGGAGACUCAACAUUUCCGCAGAACAUGAGUGUCCUCGUCUCCAUUGCCUCCUUCGUGAUCUGUCCUCUCUCCUUCAGGCCAUUGGUAGGCUCUCAACCCUCUUCCUGGGGGAGGAGCUACCAAAGCGAUCCACCACAGCUGUCCAGGUCAUCGACAAACUGGUUCAGAUGGCCAACUACAGCACAGGACUCAAGCUGUUUGAGGUUCAGACAGCAGUGGAAGUCCUCCAUUCAGACUUUGUGGAAGUUCACGCACAAGUGUUAUCCACCCUGAGGGCCUGGGUGCACUGGCUCUCCCAGCUGUAUGGCCAGCAGUUUGUGCAGGUGUUCCCCGGAGGCACCCAGACUCACCAGCACCAGGACACCUGCCACACCAUCAACAAGCAGAUGUUGGUUGCUGCCACCAGCAUCUUGAAUGUUGGGGCUCCCCCUCUCAUUGUGAACUGUGGAGUACAGCUGCUGCUUUCCCUGUCUGUCAUGGUGCGCUCACCCGUUGCCCUCGAGAUGAAUCAGGUCCAGUCUCUCUACGUCCAGGCUCCAUCUAUCUUGUCCGACCUCAAGGUGCGAGGGCUGAUAUUGCGUGCUCUGGUCAACUUCCUGCUGCUGCCUUGGCCAAGCUUCGUGGUGGAUCACAAGUUGGACACACGCAAGCAUCACCUCACUACUUUCAUCAACUCAUUUACCUCUGACAUCCGCAAGCUGGAUGUACAACGCUUGGCGGAUGACAAGAGCAUGCAAGAGUCAUUGGCCCCAAAAUUGUGUGACACCCUGUCCAUCAUCCAGUAUCAGGUAGGGGAGCUGAACAACACAGACAAGGCCAGCAGGGAACUCUACUACCACUGUGUUCAAGAUGUCAUUCACCAAGCCAUCCUUCUCUUCCCCAUCUACGUCCAGCACACAAGUGUGUGUGAAGAGAUCCUGGCUCUGAUGGUGGUGGUGAUGCAGGUGUUGCGAGUUCAGCUGGGAGCCGUCCGUGUGGAGGCAACCAUUCAAACAUUCCUUGAUGUGUUCACCACCCGCCACCACCUCCAGCUGGCCAUCACAACUGACAACCCGGCUGCUGUCAGGGUGGUUGACAAGUUCCUGAAAUUGCUGGAGUUGAUAGUGAGUGAACCAGGUCAGUCGUUCAAGCGGUUCAUCCCUAACACCAUCACACUGUGUAUGGACCACAUCUAUCCCAUUGUCUCAGACCACACCUCGCCAGAAGUCAAGAGCCCUCUGUUUGAGCUCUUGCGCUGUCUCCUUGAGCACAACUGGAAAUAUUUCUUUAAGCCGUCAAUACACAUCUCUUUGGGGGCUGGCAACUGGGACUCCAUUGAGAACGAGGCACAGUUCAUCCAGAUCAUGCAGGCCUUUGGUCAGUCCUUCAUGCAGCCAGACAUCACCAUCUUCAAGCACAAUUUGGAAGCAAUGGAGUCACUCAAUUCCAAAUAUAAACUCUAUCACAAGGGUGUGUUUCGCAAUUCCCUGCUGGUCCACUUCAUCACGGUGCUGCUGCAGGUGCUGGUCCACCGUUCCCAGGACCUGCUUCAGGAGGAGAUCACUAUCACUGUAUACAACAUGGCAGCUGUGGACUUCAGUACCUACUUUGGAGCCUUUGUGCCACACUUCCUUCAGAACAUGGAUGGUCUUGACGCUGACCAGAGGACGGCACUCAAGGCAAACUUCAAGACUGACACGGAUCUGCCCACCUUCACCCAGAAUGUCCAGCGGUUCAUCAAUGACCUCCGCUACUACCGCACCUGCAAUGCCAGCCUUCCACCAGGCACGGUCAAGUUAUAGUACACUCCUGCUGUUCUGGAAGGAGUUCCACAGUACCCAGGAACUGCAGGAGUGCUUCCAUGGACAUGUGGGGUGCUUCAUAGUGUGUGUAUGCAUGUGUACGAUGGAGAGGUGAGUUUAGUAUGAUCAACAUGUAAUAUUAGAGGCAGUACGAAUGUUUGCAAAUGAAAAUAUUUUACUAUAAAUAUCAAAUGUCCUAAGGGGUUAUGUUGGCAACAAUACUUUAUGUGUAGGAUGUUAGGGACUUGAGCUGCAGGCUAUGACAUUCACUUUUCCCAUCUCAUUCUUAAAAUAUCAAAUAUUAGUGUCACACCUCACACUUGGCUUCAAAAAAAGUUAUACGAUGUGCAAUCAUAAGUCCAGUCAGAUAAACUCUGCAUCUUACCUGAGAACUUGUAUUGGUUUCUGUUCAGACCAGCAGCUUCUUGUACCUUUAUUGAGUUUUUCCAUGCUUCUAUUGUAUACCCUAAGUUAGUGUUGAGUUGCCUUGCUGAGCCCCAAGAACAGGUUGACUAAGAAUCCACCGUUCCCUUGCAGUCGGGGUAUGGUGACUCUGUGAUCGAUGACCAAUGUGAUAUGUAUGUGCUUAAGCUUAGUGGACCAAUGUACAGUUAUGGUAUGUGUCUGUGUGACUAGUGUGUGUCUCUGGAGCUCAGAGUUUAGUGUCUGCCAAACCUAUUUAAUACGGGUCAAAGGCAACCAUUCACUCCAUGCACCAAACUGUGAACCAUGCACCAAGUAAGAGGUGCCUCAAGUUCCCUGUUUUGUUCCAGAAAAAAAAAAAAAAAACCCAUUCUAUCCAUAUUUAUCAUUCCAUUUAGAUUUUAUAUUUUAAAAGUGUUGGUUAAACUCAAGUAUAAGUGCCAUGAAGUGUAGACUCACAGCAGGCUGGUGUCUUGAGCACCGAAGAGAUGAUUGUUUGUCACCAGCAGUGAUGUGUUGAAGUGCAUGACACAGCUAAAGAAUUGAAUGUUAAAGUAGGACUAGUAAGGAUGCAUACAUGUAUAAAGAGUACUGUCCCUAUAUGUGUGUGUGUGUGUGUGUGUGUGUGUGUGUGUGAGAGAGAGA